AAGUUGUCUCCUCCAAAUCGCUUUGUCGCCACCGAAGUCUGCACGGAGCUGAUCGGACACCGUCCUCCUCUCCUCUCCCUGUCCGAGGCAGUCGGUCGAUAUGCCUUUGUCGGAUCGAUCGAGCUCUGACAGCGGCGGGGGACCUCGGAGUCCCCGGGCCCGGAGACCCCGGACUCGCUCCCGCAGCCGCCAUCGCAGCGACAGCCGCGAACGGAGCCUGUCCCCGGACAGCUUUGGGCCCAAACUCCCGAAGCCUCGGAACCGGGAGAGAGAACGCGAGGAACGGGAGCGUCGAUUCCGGGAGGCGAGAAACAUCAGGCGGAUCCGCAUAGGGAGCCCCCGCCGCAGCCGGUCCCGGUCCAGAUCCCGGUCCAGGUCCAGGGAGCGUCACAACAACACCAACAACAACAGUCACAACCACUGGUCCGAGCAGCGGGACGCUCCAGGAAAACACGGCAGCUUUAAAGAUGAAUACUACUACGAACAGCAGCGGGACGACGCUCAGAGACAGCGACAAGAGGCCUUUAUCGCCAGGCGUCUGCAGGAGAGGGAGAGGAUUGGUGAGUUAGGUUGUCCUGAAGUGUGGGGGUAUUCACCCAGAGUGAAAGAACCAGACUCGGAUGAGUUCACACCAGUUGAAGAGGACGAGAAAAACAGCAGUUCAGAGUCGAGCUUAGAAGAAGAGAAGAAGAAGAAGAAGAAGAAGAAGAAGAAAAAAUCCAAGAAAAGAAAGAACAAAAAGCACUCAGAGGACAGCGAACUGGAAUCAGAAUCAGACGAAGAAGAAAUAAAGAAGAAGAAAAAGAAAAAGAAGAGCAAAAAGUCCAAGAAGUCCAAGAAGAAGAAGGCGAAGAAGAGCCGCAAGGAGUCCAGCGACUCCAGCAGCGAGGAGUCGGAGGAGGAGGAGGGGGAGGAGGAGGAAGAGGAGGAGGAGGAUCCCAGCGGGGUGAUGUGGGUGGAGAAAACCUGCUUGGACGAGGACGUGGUUGGCCCCGAAGCUCCACUCACCCACAUGUCCCAGGACGACAGGCCUUUGGAUUUUGGUCAUGCGCUGCUGCCGGGUGAAGGUGCUGCCAUGGCGGAGUACGUGAAAGCAGGCAAACGCAUCCCGAGAAGAGGAGAGAUCGGCCUCACCAGCGAAGAGAUCGCAAACUUCGAGAAGUCUGGCUACGUGAUGAGCGGCAGCAGACAUCGUCGUAUGGAGGCUGUGCGUCUGAGAAAGGAAAACCAGAUCUACAGUGCAGAUGAAAAGAGAGCGCUGGCAUCUUUCAACCAGGAGGAGAGGAGGAAGAGAGAGAGCAAGAUCCUGUCGAGCUUCAGGGAAAUGGUGUACAGGAAAACCAAAGGCAAGGAGGAGAAGUGAACAUGGCGCUUCCACAGUUUUCUCUCAGCUCACCUGUCAUUGGACACCAGUACGUUUUGUCCUGGGACUUCAGGCGUUUAUCUUUGGGAGGAUGAUCACAUUCAGUUUCAGGGGAAUGUACAGUGCGGGGGGGGGGAUUUUAACUAAGAACUGAGUUGUAUUCCGUUGUAUUAUUGUCUCCAUCCUAUUUACCCGCUGGAACUAGUCUUUCAUAUCAGCUGUUCGACCAUUAUUUUCUUUUUGUAAAUUCUUGCGUAUAAUCCUGAACAGAACGGUAAAUAAAGUUUCAUCAGUUCA